GUUUCGGUUCCUCACACACUGAAUCUUUUUCUCUCCCUUGAGACGCCAGGAGAGCUAUUUAUUUGAUCAUUUAGAAACCACCACUACAUCUGCCGUGGACGUAUUGAUAACAGGAUUGGCUCUGAGGGCGGAGGAAACAUUGAUGAUGAAUGAAGAUAAAGUGCAUGAGAUCAUCCAGAGAUGGCGCGAGACUCCAGAAGAAGAUUUGAAGCCGGAGGACUACCAGCAGUUCAGGGAUGUAGGAGCUGCCUGUCUCAGUGGGGGUGACGGCCAACAACUGCUGAAAUUCAUCCAGGAUGAGAAAAACCAGGGAAUUGUGAAGUCCAUGGGCUGUGGUCUGUUGGCACCUCUUGUAGACGAACUAGUUACUAAUAAGAAGAGUCAUGACCACUGCCAGGCUGCCUUCACACAACUGAUCAUGACGUGCAGCUCCAGAACCCUCCUGGAGAGCUUCCUUGAAUUAAUUGAAGGCAUGGACCCAGGCGCCAUUUCUGAAACCAUUCUCGUCCUUCUUCCUCACCUUCAAACAGUUCUGCUGCAGCUGGAUGAGAACCGAGCAGCAGGUGUGGGUUUGGCUCUGUCGGCCCUUCACAAGCAGCUGUCCCGGCUGCCUGUACCUUACACCCAGCAGCAGGAGGAGGCUGAUGAGCACGGUUUGUGUUGCUGCUGCGUCGCCCUGGCGACGUUCACCAGGCCUUUUGUAGACGGGGUGAAGAAGAAGGAUGAAAACUGUGACCCAACACCAGAAGAUGACGAGCUGAAGGCUGAGAUUCUUAAGUUCUGCAUGCUGAGUUUAAAAGAACCUUUGCUUGAAGCUGAACUGAACCGAGACAGAAAAUCAACUUUGUGGCUCUUUGCAGUAGAGAUAAUGAUCAUCCUGUCUGCAAUCAGAGAGUCUCUUCCAGGCCUUCUGUUCUUCAGUUCUCUGAGGAAAUUCACCACGAUGGAUACUGAGCUGUCCAAGGAGUCGGCCGCAUGCUUGGCCUAUCUGCUUUUUGUCCAGCUCAUAGCCAUGGACACAUUUCCAGCCGUGUUCAAUCCUGUGUUUAUUCUUCAGUGCAACAUGGAGCACAUCAGUCAACUCCUCAGUAGGAAAAAGGAAUCGCAUUUGCUCAAGGGACUGGCACUGUUUGCUAAAAGCUUGGAGAAAGUGGAAGAUAAUAGCCUUCCAGUAGGUGUACUAGAUCUGGAAAGCUUCUAUAGCGCACCACAGAACCUGCGACAAGUUCUCACCGACUGUCCAAUUCAACAUUUGAGAGAAUCGGGACUGAAGGUGUUCCAACUUUUCAUAAACAAACUGGAUGCUGAAGCAAAGCAUAAAUUCUUCAGAUGCAUGUUAAAAACGAGCCACCAUGCAGGUGUUGAAGGUUACAUAGUGAACAACAUCAGGAGUCAAAUUCAAUCGCCUAUACAGGGUGAAGCCAAUAAGUGGUUCUUGGGAACGGAGCUUCUGCCACUGCUUGAGUUGGUGCUCAGUUUACCACAAGCUGCAGAGACGGAUUUACUCACCAACAUGGACAAAAUAAUGGAGAGUCUGAAUCUUCUGCGCUAUCUGCUUACGAGAGACAAAGAACUGAAGAGCGACGCUGAUGUGUGGGAAGAACUGUGCAGGAUUAAAGAUGCAUACCUAAAAAUGCUGAGAGUGUGUAUCAGCAUGUCGAGAGCAUAUUACUCUGCCGAGAUGAAAGCGCUGAAGGAGGAACAAAAGCUAAAAGCGAAAGAAGUCAAAGAGCAAGCUCGGUCUACCAGACUGUUAAAAACCAUAACAGUAAAGCAUGACAAAGUCUCCCAUAUGUCUCCAGAAGUCCAGUAUCAGGUGCUGCAGAGUGCUUUGGUGACAUUUGACUUAAUGGAAAGCCUUGUAGUCCGAAUAGAUGAGAUCACAGAGGAAAAGCAGGGGAAACCACACUGAGACAGCACUGGGAACUUUUUAUGUGUUUUAUUUCUGUUUGUUUGGCGGAUAAAAUAAAGAAUGCAGUGCUGUAAAGUGAUCAUUUUAUCGUUGCUGAAAUUAUUUUCAAAAGUACAGUUUGUGUCAUCAGCAGGGACUGUGUAUGAACUUGUGUCAUGCUAAAUAAAGCAAACUGGAUCACC